AUGGCGAUUGAUGAUUUGGAACAUGAAAAUGCAACCGCCACAACUGAAAAUGCAUCACAUGCAUCCUCCAAUGAUGAAUUUGAGGAAGGUAGUUCUUCCCAAAAUAUUCUUCCGAUGGAUCUUCCGGUUAACUCUCCGGUGACUGAAGGGCCAUCUCCAGCAAUGGGCGGUGCAGAACUGGUGGAGACCGAUGAAGCUCCAUCGGUUGACGAGAUAAGGAGUGCGGUCGCGGCGCCUGCCCUUGAGGGCGGACAGACAAUGGGGGUUGCCCCGGCUGGCUUAGGCCAUGAUGAUACCGCCGCUUCGGUGACUCAGUUGGUGGCUCCAGUCGCUAAGAUGGGAGGUAGUUCCUCAGCGGCUGCUAAUGUUAGUGAGUUAAGAACUCCUUUGGUGGCUACGGCGGGCGGUUCCACCUCGCUGGUGGCGGAAGGAGGAACGGAUGCUGUAGAAGAUGAGUACGAGUCCAAAUCCGACUUGGACCCCGAAGACGUCCGUAUGUUCCGGGAAGGCUUCACCAAUCCAGUGGGGCGCGCAGAGGGGAGAUCUCGCUUCAUCGAGCUGACUGUCACUAAUAAUUACUCCUUGUGGUAUCGAUCUAUGCGUAUUGCAUUAAUUGGUCGAAAUAAACUAGGUAUUGUUGAUGGCAAGUGGACAAAAGAGCAAUUUCGUGAGAAGUAUUGGUACCAAUGGGAGCGAUGCAAUGCAAUUGUGUUGUCAUGGAUGAUGAACUCAGUUGCUCCAACCUUAAUCAGUGGUAUUGCUUAUGCCACUAGUGUGAUUUACAAGAGAGGUUUGACAAAGCUCAAGGACCUUUGGGAUGAGUCUGAGUCUGUUAUACCCACUGAUGGUUGUGAUUGUGUUAAGACAAAGGAGUUUAUUAUACAUCUACAAAAGCAAAAAGUGUAUCAGUUUCUAAUGGGCUUGAAUGACUCCUACUCUCAAGCUCGUAGUCAAAUACUUAUGAUGAAACCACUUCCUUCAGGAAAUCAACCAUAUGCCAUGCUUAUGAGUGAUGAAAGCCAAAGAGUUGUAGCUGCUUCUGCUGGUAUUUUAGGAUCUCAGUUUUUCAAUUCAAAUAGUGCUAAGCCUAGUUUCAAUCCAAAAUUUAGGAAGAACUAUAAUAUUCAGUGUGGGUUUUGCAAAAUGAAGGGCCACAGUAGAGAAAAAUACUUCAAAAUAAUAGGUUAUCCAUCAGAUUAUAAAUUCAAAAAGAAAAGGGGAGCUGGGCCUUAUAAUGCAAGGGUCGAACCUGGAUACACUAUGCAUAUGUACUCCAAUCAUGUUUCGAACCAUGUUCCUCAGUCAACACCAAUGCCUCAUUUGCGUGCAUAUCAAAAUCCCCAACAGAACAUGAAUCAAGGAUUUGUGUAUUCUCAAGCCACGAAUCAGGCACAGGGUCAUUCUGGUCCUCAAGCUCAAGCAGGAUCUUCCUCUAUACAGGCACAGGACCUUCCACAGGUUUCUCUCCACGGGCUCAAGGAAGUGCUUUUCCUUUCACUAAAGAACAAUGCUAACAUGCUCACUAAGACCUCUGUAGUUGCUCCCUCUAAGCCUAGGAGAGUUUUAUUACCUAAUGGAGAUGUCACUCAAGUAACUCACACUGGUGACAGUAAUAUUUCAGACAUAAGCACUCUUAAAGAAGUUUUCUAUGAUCUCUUCUGUGGCAGGGUGAGGGAGAUUGGUAGAGAAAGAGAUGGUCUAUACUUUCUGCAGAGAUAUGGUGGUAAGAAGCUCACUACAGUGUCUUUAGCUGCUGCUGGAAUAAAGUUAAGACAGGGUAACACUAUAGUUGAUGUUGCCUUGUGGCAUAAAAGACUAGGUCAUGUAUCUAGUAGUGUUCAUAGGAAACUGUUUGCUGCCAAACUAACUAGUAUCAAUGACACUAUCAAUAACUGUAGUGUACGCCUUUGUGCUAGGCAAACCAGGUUGUCAUUCCCUUCUAGCUGUAUUAAGACUAUUGCUGCAUUUGAUCUAAUACAUCUUGAUGUUUGGGGUCUAUAUAACUAUGAAACUUUUGAUGGCAAUAAGUAUUUUCUGACAUUUAACAAAAUUGUGAAAGCAAUCAGGUCAGACAAUGGCUCUGAGUUUGUCAACUCUAACUAUACCACAUUGUUUCAAAAGUACGGUAUCAUCCAUCAAAGUACCUAUCCUUGUACUCUUCAGCAAAAUGGAGUUGCUGAGAGAAAGCACAGACACAUUCUAGAAGUCACACGAGCUUUAAGGUUUCAGGCCAAUAUUCCCAUCAAGUAUAGUGUACUUGCAGCAGUGUAUAUCAUAAAUAAGAUGACAUCUUCUGUUCUUCAUGGUCUUUCUCCCUUUGAACUGAUGUAUGGUAAGGCUAAGCCAGUUGUUCUCAUGGGCUUCUCUGAUACUCAGAAGGCCUACAUUCGACUAGAUCUCUCUUCUUAUUGUUUCUUUAUCAAAAGGGAUGUCUCCUUCAAGGAAGAUAUAUUUCCCUUCAAAGAUAUCACAGCCACAUCACCUCAUAUUUUCUUGCCUCCUGGCUUAUCCAAUUCUAGUGAAGAGCAGCCUUCACUUCCUUCUGUUCCUGCUAGGCAUGUGUCUACUGACUCUUCUCAUUUGCAUCAGUAA